GAAAAGUCUCUAGAAUAUUAAUAUUAGAUACACAUACGAAAACAGUUCACAACUGGUUUUACUCUCGCUGAAGACAGAAACAUGGAAAAAGUUCUAGUAUUUCUGGCAUCUGUGUUGGGGAUCGUCUUCUCCCAAGCCCCAGCAGUCCCGCAGCCACCAAUGUGCCUUAUGGAAUGUAUGUCUGAAUGGUUCCCAUGCGAACUUGAUUGUCGAAACGAAUUCCCUCCGGAAGAUCCAGCUAUGGUUACUGCUUUUCAGGAGUGCGCCCUGCCAUGCGAACAGGAAAGAGCAGCUUGCAUGAUAGGAGCUUCAGAUCCCGCCUGUAAUAAUAAUACGGCAAACAACAUGGCUCAUCUGGCCUUCCAGGUAAAUCUUACUCCUACCACUCCAGCGCCUACCACCACCACCGCAGCUCCAACCACAACCACCACAGUGGCACCAGCACCUGCUGUGCCGGCAGCACCAGUUGCACAACAAGUUCCAGCUAAUUCUGGUCCUGUAGCACAGCCAGGGCCUGCAAAGGGCGCUCCAUUAGCAACAAAUCCAUCACAACCUCCAAAGGCACCUGCACAGCGACCUGUUUUUAAUGUUGCACCUCCACCUCGUCAGCAGAUGGGCCCGUCCCCGUCUGUGAGUGGUCCACAACCCCAACCACCAAAACCAAGGGUAGUUCCACAAAGAAAUAUCUUCUCCGGAGCACCGCCACCAAUGUCUUUCCCUAAGCCAGUACCAAACAAUUUAAAUUCCCCACAACCAGCUAGAAAUCAACUCCGCUUUAGCAGACCAAUGCCCGUUGCCAACCAAGUUCCCUCUAAUGUCGGUCCACAGCCAGUGCAACAAACUGUACAGAGAGCUGUUCAGCAAAAUUUACAAAAGCCAAUGCAGCAGAAUUUACAACAACCUGUUCAACAACAGGUAAAACAACCUGUACAACAAACUGUACCACAACAAAGACAACAAGCUCUACAAAAACCUGUACAACAAACUGUACCACAACAAAGACAACAAGCUCCACAAAAACCUGUACAACAAACUGUACCACAACAAAGACAACAAGUUCCACAAAAACCUGUGCAACAAGUGGUACAACCAAUGCAACAAGCUCAACAAAAACCUGUGCAACAAGUGGUACAACCAAUGCAACAAGCUCAACAAAAACCUGUGCAACGAGUGGUACAACCAAUGCAACAAGCUCCACAAAAACCUAUGCAACAAGUGGUACAACCAAUGCAACAAGCCCUACAAAACCCGACACAAGUACCAAACAAUCUUUAUGAUUUCCUUAAAAGCAAACAUGUACAAGUUCAUAAACUUAGUUUUAGUCUAAAAAAUCAAGGGACUGGAAAAUAAAUUUGAGUAACCACCGUCACCGUUUCGAUGUUUGUUAGAAUUCAGAAAGAGAAAGUCACAAACGCCACAAUACGUUGGGAUUCAUCUGAUUUAAACUGAAUAAUAUUAGAUAUGAAAAUCAUUCUACAAAGAGUUUUUCAUCUUACGUGAAUGUGUUAAUCAUGUCUACAUGGUAAUGAUCUGACGUAUACUUCAUCUGACAUUUCACAUCUUUUUUCAUAUAUUCAUGUUACUAACUUACGUUCAAGUGUGCUUUGAACAAGUGUACUGCAUUGUGGAGAUCGAGAUUCCGGUCUGUGAAUAGUUAACCUUAGCAAUGGAUUCACUUAUUUAAUUAUUGCACGUUUUAUAUUAAUUGGGUUUCUUUAUAUAUAACUUUGAUUUAUGUUGCUGUUAUUGUUGUGUAUUAAUGAAAUGUUAAUAAAAUGGACGUAAAAAUCAUA